AUGUCAGGACCGUCUCGCGCUAAGCCUACUAAUAUCAGUUAUGGUGCAACUAGCCAAUCUCUCAACACUACCGCAUACGGUGCAACUCUUGAAGCGUCUCGAAUGCAGAUCGCACGCUCUCUAGGCGCUCAGGAACGUCCAGACUAUCACGCAGUGGAUAUUCCGAAAGCUAAAAAGGCAGAAAUUAUUAGACAGUACUUGGUUUCACCAGACGAGCGUGGCGCCGAUAUAGAUCGGGGGAAGUCGCCUGAACCUUACCAACUUCACGGUGGAGACACUGCUCACGACUUUUACAAAUGGCAAAAAGAUGUCGAGGCAGAACCCAUGAAACGUACCCGCUCACGGUCACUAACUAUGCCCCGUGCCUCGCAGAUCGAGAUCCCCGUAAGUGAAAUUAGAGCGCCCGGUGGAUUUCGUCGAUAUCAUAUGAAAAUGAAAGCCGUACAGGAGGGCAAAGAGCCGCCGAACUUUGUUACCCAGAAUUCCAUUGAUUUCUUAGCCAUGAUCCAUCAUUUUGCCGAAUCGCAUCAUGCAGCAGUAAGUGCAUCUGGCGCUUGUUUACUACUCUUGAAAUCCUUCGUCGGUACUGGUGUCAUGUUUUUACCGAGAGCGUUUCUUAACGGAGGAAUGAUCUUCUCGACAGCCGUAUUGAUAGCAAUUGCUAUCAUUUCUCUUUUUUCGUUCUUGCUACUGGUCGAAACACGACAGAGGGUACCUGGGAGCUUUGGUGAAAUUGGCAGAAUAUUAUACGGACCGCGGAUGAGAUUGGCUGUAUUAUUCUCGAUUACUAUUUCGCAGAUCGGAUUUGUGUGUGCAUAUAUGAUAUUUGUAGCAAAGAAUCUUUUUACAGUUGCCAAAAACGCUCUGAACAUGAACAUUGCUCUGAAAUGGUUUAUUAUAGGUCAGGUAUUAUUAUUUGUGCCAAUGUCGAUGAUACGUAAAAUAGGAAGGCUGUCGUUUACGGCUUUGAUUGCUGAUGCGUUCAUCCUGUUCGGUUUGGGAUAUCUUUACUACUAUGACAUUCUCAAAUUGAGUCGAGACUCAUUAGCCGACAUCAAGUUCUUUAAUAAUAAAGACUUUGCAUUAUUCAUUGGCACUGCAGUAUUUACAUUCGAAGGCAUUGGUUUGAUCAUUCCGAUUACUGAAUCGAUGAAAGAACCAGAAAAGUUCCCCAAAGUCCUUACUGGAGUUAUGAUCUUCAUUACAAUCUUGUUUACAUCGAUAGGCGUUCUCUCUUAUGCCGCGUUUGGUAGUAGAGUAGAGACGGUCAUUAUUCUAAAUCUACCAAACGAUAGCCCAACCGUACAGGCAGUGCAACUAUUAUACGCGUUAGCUAUUGUUCUAUCUAUCCCACUUCAGCUGUUUCCUGCAAUACGAAUAAUGGAGCAAGGACUGUUUGAAAAGAGCGGCAAGGAUGAUACAUUGGUGAAAUGGCAGAAGAAUUUGUUCCGUGCGGCUACGGUUGUUGCUUGUGCAUUGAUUGCCUGGAGUUCAGAAGAUGAGUUGGACAAAUUUGUAUCAUUAAUCGGGUCAUUUGCGUGCGUACCAUUAUGUUUCUUGUAUCCUCCACUCUUUCAUCUCAGAGGAAGAGCUGACACAGUCAUUGCUAAGAUUCUUGACGUAGGAGUACUUCUGUUUGGAGUAUUUGCACUGUUAUAUACAACCUAUGUGACAAUGAUGUUGUGGUCUGACAAUGACAAGUGA